AAGAUGGUCAUUUUGCUCUUUACAAAUAUCUCGACGUUCAUAAGUUAGUGACAUUUGUAGUAGGUAUAAUUUUCCAUUCAGUUUUCUUAAUUUUUUUUUCAAUUUUGAAUAACCGAAAUUCUUACGAGAUCUUAUUAUUGAGUUCUUUACACCAUUUGAAAAUCUGAAUCGUUGCAUUCAUGAAUGUGUUGCUGGUGUUUUCAAUGUUUGCAGCUUCAUCGUGGGGUUUGAGAUUUUCUUUCACGAAUGACACUGAGUUGGAAAUUUUUCGACGUCAAACACUGAUAAUGAAUUGUUCGAGUGAUGAAGAAAUCCAAUGGCUCAUUCCAGACGAUAGUGAUGCGUUGAUAAAACAUGUUUCAAGGUAUGAGGCCAGUGUUGUAAUCAACCAGACUAGGAAAUGUGAUAGUGGCGACUACAUAUGUAGAUCCAAAUGGAACAGACAUCAAUUCGCUCGGAUACGCAUCCAUGUUACAGGAUUGCGACACUCAUUUGAACACAAGGCCAAUAUAACAGUCCGCUUGGGUGACACAUUUAAUGCCACCUGUUCAGCCGAAGGUGGAGUAAAGUGGAUCAUUCCACAUAGUAGUUCGGCAGUGGUCAAUGUAAUAUCAGUAUACGAAGAGAGCGUUGUAUCAAAUAAAUCAGUUCCCUUCGAUGGCGGUGUUUACACCUGUGAAUCAAAAAGCAACCCGCGUGAACACGCUUGGUUUUCUAUCUACGUUGAUAAAUUUUAGACAUCUAACAUAAUUCUAGGAUCUCGUUGUGUUGAUUUAGGAAUGUCAAAUUUUGCCCAUUAGAUCUAUGAAUGUACAUACCCGACGAAAGUGAUGCAUUUUCAUUAAUAAUUGCUAUGAAUACUUACAUUUAUGUAUCAUUAAGUUACCUAUACUUGAAAUUGAUCAUUCAUUUGUUUACGUGUACUCAAAUUAGAUUAUAAGUUGUGCAAAUCGAUUAAACUUCUGUGUAGUAUAUCUACUUACUUGAAGAUGUCAAAUUCUCAGCAAAUGUAUAAUGAGUACCAAAUUGUAAUAUUAAGAAUGUCAAUUUAGAUUUUAAUUGUAGGUACUAUCUUACAAUAAUUUAUUGUAACUCAUUUUUUCAGUAUUAUUUUUUGUUCGAAAAAUUGGACCAAAACGUGGUUGGGUGUAAAUAUUUGGAAAGUGAUCUCGAUCGUUUAUUGCAAAUGGGAUACAGUUAUUUUAAUCUGGGGAAAAAUCAAUCUGAUUUCAUGGGUAAAUUUCACCUAAUGUAGCGUUCUAUAGGGUUAAUACGUAAUUUAUGAUGAAGAAGUUGGGUACCAAUAAUUCAAUUUCAUUAUAUGGAAUAGGUACAUGUUUACUUAGCACUCACCUAUGUUAUACCUACGUAUAAUUUUCAUUGUAUGUUUAUUUAUUUACAGGUUAAUAAUAUUUUGAUCAAAAACGUGUGUGCAUUUUUAAAAAAAAAAUAUGCCCAUUAUGUAAACAUAAACACUUUUCAUUAGGAAAAAAAGAGAGAAAGAAACUAUCAUGUAGUAUUAAGGCAUUACCUAAGUAUGUACCUAAUUUAAGUGUGUGUCCGAAGAAAUUAACGUGUACCUAUAUUAUUAUUAUUAAUUUUUAAUUAAAAUAAUGAUAUCAUUGUG